UAGGAUUUUAUCUCUUCGUCCCGCUCCUGUCGUUCUAUUCCGCAGGCAGCUACGUUGCCCGGACGGUGGCUCACUCAGACUGUAGAUUGUUUCCUCCGGAAGGCUAAGAGACAGGCUGUGAAGGGCCAAGAGGUCCCUGAGGCCUUGGGGGUUAGGUGGCAAUGUGGUCACUACGGGUGUAUACCCGCAAGAAGCGGGCCGGCCAGAGGCUCAACCUAACCCCGACGCUGGACCUAGGCCCCACCGCGAAAGUAGAGGCCCCCCCAGGUCCAGGCAGAAGGCACUCUGCGCACCGUUUGAAAGGGAAAGCACAUCGUUUGCAGAAGAUCUCAGAGAAAGCAGAGUGCAGUGGGCAGGGAGUUAGCGGUUCUAGGCCACCGAGCGGUCAGUUAAGAGUUACAGGACAGAAAAGCCUGCAAGAAAAUAGCACUAAUGAAGAGCCCCCGGAUGAGAAAGUUGCUCCAUUGAGUGAAUCAGUGACUGAUGAUCUCCAGGUUGACUGUAGUUCAUCCAAUAGUGAGCUAGUAUCAGGACUAACUUUGCAGCAUGGUAUUUCUAGUUCUCUUCUGAGCUAUUCAUUCACAGACUCUUUCACAGAACACAAGAGUUUUGGAGAGAGUUUAAGCAGUUUCUCAUCACCUGAACUCUUCAGAGGAUCAGAUUCUUUAGAUUGGGAAUGUCCCAAGUUGGAAGAACGUACACGAUGCAAAAAUUCCACUCUUCUGGAUACCAGUACAGCAGUAGCAAUAGAGAAGGUACCACAGUUUUCAAACCUCUCUGCAAUUUUAGGUAUGUCUUCAGAAGACUAUCAGAAAUGCCAGAGAGAAAUAGUGAUGACAUUAGCAGACCAAAAUAUUACUUCAAAACCAAAGAAUACUUCACAUUCAGAAUCAGAUAAUGCAGCUUGUGAAGUUUUACUUGCUGAGAAAACUUACCCUUCAGCCCCUGAGAAAACAAAGAAAAAAACAACAAAUUCUAGUAUUCCUGAUAAGAAAAGCAGAGGCCUCUUAACAAGUACACCAUCUUCACAAACUGCUGGUUUAGUGAUUGAUUUGUCCUCAGUGCCAAAAACAUCUUUUGAAGAACUAUUUCCAAAUGUCAGCAAUUAUGUUAAUUCAAAUGAAAUUGUUCCUGUGUCAAAUUUGCAAGAAUGCUCUUCAAAUGAGAUUCCUUCAGAUACGUCAGAAAUAUGUUGUAUUAUUAGAGCAACACCAGGAACUAGACAAAUGAAGAGUGAAAGUAAUGUUAUUGUAAAGAAGAAGAAAUAUUCCCCACCCAAAGAUAUUCCUCAAGAUAUUAUAAUAAAAACAAAUGGCAGAAUGUAGCAGCCAUGGCUGAAUUGUCACCACUUUGAAGAUAUACGUGAAUGUGAAGUCAAAGUCCGUGAAGCAGAAUGUCUGCCUGAAAUUAUAUAUAAUUCAAAAAUCAAAAUUCUCUAAUUAUAUGUGAUAUAUCCUAGUGAUGAAAUUCUACUGAGAUUCUUAUAAUUUACUUUUAAUCAGUAAAGAAACACUCUUAUGUAUGUCUCUUAAAUAUAUGUAUUUGUAUUGUAAAAUAAGAACAAAUAGCUUAUAUUAAAAGACUGUACACUAAACAAAUGAUUUCAGCUAUUUAUAAAGA